AUGCCCUCAGUGACUCUGCCGCAGAAGGAGAAUGCUCUCUUCAAAAGGAUUUUGAGGUGUUACGAACACAAACAGUACAGAAACGGGUUGAAGUUCUGCAAACAGAUCCUGAGCAACCCCAAAUUUGCAGAGCAUGGAGAGACGCUGGCCAUGAAGGGGUUAACCCUCAACUGCCUGGGCAAGAAGGAGGAUGCCUACGAGUUGGUGAGACGAGGCCUGCGCAACGACCUGAAGAGCCAUGUCUGCUGGCACGUCUACGGCCUGCUGCAGCGCUCUGAUAAGAAAUAUGACGAGGCCAUCAAGUGUUACCGCAACGCUUUGAAGUGGGACAAGGACAACCUGCAGAUCCUCAGAGACCUGUCCCUGCUGCAGAUUCAGAUGAGAGACCUGGAGGGCUACAGGGAGACCCGCUACCAGCUGCUGCAGCUGCGUCCUGGCCAGCGGGCCUCAUGGAUCGGCUAUGCUGUCGCUUAUCACCUCUUGGAAGACUUUGAGAUGGCAGCUAAGAUCGUGGAGGAGUUCCGGAAAACCCAGCAGACGUCUCCAGACAAGGUGGACUAUGAGUACAGUGAGCUGCUGCUGUAUCAGAACCAGAUUCUGAGGGAAGCUGGCCUGCACAAAGAGGCACUGGAGCACCUGAACAGCUAUGAGAAGCAGAUGUGUGACAAGCUGGCUGUGGAGGAGACCAGAGGAGAGCUGCUGUUGAAGCUGGAGAGGCCAGAGGAAGCUUCAGAGAUCUACACAAGACUUCUGGAGAGGAACCCAGAGAACUGGGCCUACUACAAGGGCCUGGAGUACGCCUUGAAACCAGGCAGUAUAGAAGAGCACCAGAAGAUCUAUGAGGAGUCCUGGGUGAAGUUCCCCAGAGGUCUGGUUCCUCGAAGGCUGCCUCUUAACUUCCUCACAGGGGAGAAGUUCCGGGAAUGUCUGGACAUCUAUCUGAGGAUGAACUUCACUAAAGGCUGCCCUCCUGUGUUCACCACGCUCAAAUCCUUGUACACAGACGGAGAAAAGGUUACGAUAAUAGAAGAAUUAGUACUUGGCUAUGAAAGCUGUUUAAAAAGCAGUCGAAUGUUUAGUGAAGAUGAUGAUGGGAAGGAGGAGCCUCCAACCACCCUCCUGUGGGUGCAGUACUUCCUGGCCCAGCACUUUGACUUCAUCGGCAAGGCCAGCCUGGCGCUGGAAUACAUCAACACGGCCAUCGACAGCACACCCACACUGAUCGAGCUCUUCCUGGUCAAGGCCAAGAUCUACAAGCAUGCAGGCAACAUCAAGGAGGCGGCUCGAUGGAUGGACGAGGCCCAGGCGCUGGACACUGCCGACCGAUUCAUCAACUCCAAGUGUGCCAAGUACAUGCUGAAGGCCGGCCUUAUAAAGGAGGCAGAGGAGAUGUGCUCCAAGUUUACACGGGAGGGGACAUCUGCAGUGGAGAACCUGAAUGAGAUGCAGUGCAUGUGGUUCCAGACAGAGUGCGCUUUAGCCUACAAGGCCAUGAACAAGCUUGGUGAGGCCCUCAAGAAGUGCCAUGAGAUCGAGAGGCAUUUUGUGGAGAUCACAGACGACCAGUUUGAUUUCCACACCUACUGUAUGAGGAAGAUGACGCUGCGCUCCUACGUGGACCUGCUGAAGCUGGAGGACGUCCUGCGACAGCACCCCUUCUACUACAAAGCCGCUCGCACCGCCAUCCAGAUCUACCUGGACCUACAUGAUAGGCCACUGACCGAUGACAACAAAGAGAGCCAGGCAGACGCAGAGAACCUAACAGACAAGGAGCUGAAGAAGCUGCGGAACAAACAGCGAAGAGCGCAGAAGAAGGCUCAGUUAGAGGAGGAGAAGAAGAAUGCAGAGAAAGAGAAGCAGCUGAAGAACCAGAAGAAGAAAAAGGAGGAUGAUGAUGAGGAAAUUGGAGGGCCCAAGGAAGAGCUAAUACCAGAUAAGUUAGCUAAGCCGGAGAACCCUUUGGAGGAGGCAGUCAAGUUCCUCAUCCCUCUGAAGAACCUGGUGCGCAACAAGAUCGAGACUCACCUGUUGGCCUUUGAGAUCUACUUCAGGAAAGAGAAGUACCUUCUGAUGUUGCAGUCGAUAAAGAGAGCGGUGGCCAUAGAACCCUCCGACCCAUGGCUGCACCAGUGUUUAGUGCGCUUCUUCAAGAAGGUGAGUGAGAGUGCAGACCUGGCCGAGGCGGUGAGGACCGUGCUGAAGCAGGAGAUCUCCAGGCUGUUUGGAGACAGCAACCCUCAGAGCUUCAACAAGAACUACCUGAGCCAACACUCCAGCUGCAUCCCCCACCGGCUGGCUGCUGCUAAGAUGAUGGUCUACCUGGAGCCGUCCUCUGAUAAAAUGGCCUGUGAGAUCGCAACAGCUCUGGCCGAGCCUCUGUCUGGAAGAAGCAUCCAGAUCUGCUCCGAGGUGCUGGAGGCUCUGAGGAGCGGCCAGCUGGGCGAGGCUCAGCAGAAAGCAGCUGAGUCUUACUGCGCCACUUGCCACAAGAUCUACCCUUACUCCCUGACCUUCAAGCCCCCCGGUUACCAAGACAAUAGCACCGCAAUCAGCGCCAACGGCGACCUGUCGGCAGGAGAGCACGAUGAUCUCGCACAUGAAAUGUGAGGAGAGGGGGAAGAAUUGGGGGAUCAGAGGGGGAGACUGCUGCCAGACGCCUUAGUUCACCACCACAGCCCCACCCCUCCCCCCACACCCACACAUUGCACUGACCUGCUGGACUGAGUGCCCCAGGAUGGACGGCAAAGGGAACAGAACCAUCAGACUUUUUUUAAACAACACAAAAGGCUCUGCCCAGUUCAUGGCAUCAGAAAAGAACUGAUAUAUUUACACUGGGAGGCAAAGGAUUGUGGGAAGUGUGGUCACUGACUGGCUGGAGUGGCCUGGUGAACACAGUCUAGGUUUUCUAGAAUGCCUGUGUUUUCAUGAUAAGUUCUUCUUGUAGGUGCAUCUGCUUCUCACGUUUUUAAAAGUAAUUUAUAUAUUACAAACUGACAGAGGAAUUAAUAAAACUGUUUGCAAAACCUG